CAAAAAAACCCCACUUUUCUUGCCUUGUAUAUAUAUCUAAUGCACAUCAUAUCAUUACACUCUCUUCUUCUUUCUUUAAUCCCUUUUCCUUUUUCCUCUUUCAAAUCCUCACCCAUUUUCUCUAUCUAUUUCCUUCACAUUUACAUUUACAUUUAUACUCACCGCCGGCGAUUAUGGUGAGAGACCACUGGGUCAGAACCGCCAUGACAGACGACACAGUUGUGGUGGAGCUUCUUGUGCGUCUCAAACAAUCGCAAGCAGCUCCCUCGUCCAAGAUUCAGCCUGUUAUUCCUUUUAAAUGGGGCUUGCGUUUACCUAGGUCUAAAUCAGUCUCAUCAGGCGCGGCGGUGGCUUCUUCUUCUUUACGAUGUGAACACGAUGUCGUUUCUAGGAGAAAAGACGGUGAGUCGUCUACUAGAUGUAGCCCUACUACUCCUCUUUCUUGGAGCGGCGGCGCUGGCGGCGGUUCUGCUGAUUCGCCUUCCGGCGAUGGAUUUGAAGAGACUAGUCGCCAUGUCAGCCGUUCUUGUUCUCCUGGCGUCAGAUCCAAGGCUACUGCUGAAACUGGAAGCACUACCAACUCAGGCAAGAGGUCAAGAAAAAAGAAGACGUUUGCUGAACUUAGAUUGGAGGAGGGUUUACUAAUGGAAGAAAAGAUGCAUCUUAAAAAGGAAAUAGCAACUUUAAAUGCAACAUUCAAGGAGCAUAGAUCAAGAAAUAAGAACUUGAAGAGAAUAAAGCUUGAUUUGAAUAUGCAAUAUUCAAAGAACUCGGGUUUCGCGUCUGAUGAGUUGGAGGAAGCAAUUUGCAGUCAAUCGCACAUUUCAAUGAUAUUUGCCAAAGGUGAUGAUAAUACACAAUCAGGUUCUUGUGAAACACAUGAGGCGGUUUCAGACCAUGAUAGCUCCUUCCUGCUGCCUGAUUUGAAUAUGAUGCCAUCUGAUUGAGGAUCUUGCAUGGAAGUGCUACCUGGAAUGAGAUGACAAAAAAUGUUGUACUAAGGAUAUGGAAGUUGCUGAACAGUCUCUUUGCUUACGAUUGAAUGAUGCAGUCAAAACUUUGUGCUCGGGUGAGAACCCAUUGGCCAUACGCACAUUAAAUUGACAUUACAGAACAUUGGACACGGCGUGAUAGCUUGAUUGUGGCAGGCUCAAUAAG